AUGACCCAGCUGCCCCAAGUAGAUAAAAGCGCGGGUAUCACCUCUGGAGAGCGCUCAGAGGAUAAUUGUAACGAGAGCAUGAUGGCUUCCAACGUCAUGUCGAUCGUCUUGGUGGCUUUGUUGGCAUUGUUACUUCUGCCGAAGCUCAAAGGGAAUGCUGCUUGUCACAACACGAAACCUAACUUGACUAUUGUAUCGAGUGGCAUACACUACGCAGUCGAUUUCGAUGGGAAGGAUGCCCCCGAGGGCAUUUUUAGCAGCCUGAAUGGCAAGGAAGUGGAUCGACGUGGCCAGUCGCUCUCCAAUCACUGA